AUGAGUCGACCAACUAGUGCACCAAUCACCAAGGGUGAUAAACAGGCUCGUGUGCUGUGGUUGAGCCAAUAUAAAGCGUUAAAAGCAAAGGAGGAAAAUUUUAAGAGGGAAAUUGCAAAUCACUUUAUCAAUAAUCCGAGAAUGGGUGAUAUGAAAGAUUUACUGAAUGAAAUGCAAUCAACGGAAGGAAUAAAUAGACAAAAACAAUUGGAGGAAAAGAAGGAAUGCUUGGAGGAUAUUCAAGAUGUCAGUAAGAGAGUUUUUGCCUUGAAAAGAAUGACUCAGGAAAAUAAAUUAAUAAAUGAGAAUCUGUCAGAAGAUCAGCGACAAGAGGCUCUCAGAAAGAUCACAUCCACAAUGGAAAGGAUUGAAAAUCAGUGUAUAGUAUUUAAACAAACUAGGAGACAAAUUUUACAAACGCUUAAUACCGAGGAAAAGAUUUUAAUGAAAGAUAUAGCUUCGAUAGAGGCUCUAAUUGAUGAUCCGAAUUGGUUGAAAGAGAAAGAGGAGGCAGAGAGUAUUUUUGAUAAUCCAGAAAAGAUGAAAGCUGUCAAGCAAUAUUUGGAGAAGAGAGAAAAUUACAAAGUUCCACAAGAAGUUAUUGACUUUGACAAUUAUGUAUCUCAACAUGGAGGGUUGACUGGAAAUUGGGAUGUUGAAGAUCAUUCACUCUUUUUAAAAUUGAGGAGCAAGUUUACUGACCCACAAUUAUUUAUAUCGAAAUGUGUUGAGGAAAUUAAAACGAGAAGUAUUAUUGAAAUACAGGAGCAUGAGGAAUUCUAUCGACAAUACGUCAUUUUACUCAACCAGAAAAAGAAUGCCAUCCAAAAGUGGAAGGAUGAAAAAACCAAAAAGAGAGACGAACAAAUUGAAAUCGAGGAAGAAAACAAGGUUAAACAAUUAGAAAGGGAGGAAGAACAAAGAAAGAAAGAUGCCAAACGACAACAAGUCUUGACCAAAAUGAAAUUAGAAGCUUGGAAGGUAGAAAGAGAGAAUAUGGAACGAGAUCGAAAACAGCAAGAAGAACGAGAGAAACUAGAACGAAAGCAAAAAGUCAGUGAAGAGGAAAAGAAGAAAAAGGAAGAAAAGAAAGACCAAAUUGAAAAGUACAAACAAAUCAAGGAAGAAAAACAAAAGCUGAAACAGAAACACCUAGUGGAAGAAUUGAGUAGAAAGGUAAGACCUCCAUCUGCUGCAGAAGUUGCCAGAGUGAAGGAAAGAGAGGAACAAUAUCUCAAGAGAGCACAAGAUUGGAAGCUUAAAAAGGAAAAGGAGGCUAAAGAGAAAGAGGAACGUCUUAAUAAGCUCAAAGAAAAAGUUAAGGUAGAUGUUGAACAAAAUUCAGAUCGAUUAUUCAAACCCACACAAGCACACAUUAAUAGAGAAGUUGAAAUUAGGGAACAAAUGGCACAACCAAAAUCUGAUUCAAGGCCUCUAGCAAUGGAUGUGAGAAUGAUUUCACAUAGAAUAGUUCCGACCUGGCGGAAGUAA